UCACUGGUUAACCGUGAUAAUGUUAUUCAAGUGAUUAUAACCUGUUACAGGAAAGAAAAAAAUUUCUUUGGACUAUAAAAGUUGAUAAGUCUAAGAAUUUUAACAAAAAAAUAAAAAGUGCGAAAAAACGAAAUUAAAAUGCCUUGUAAUGCUAUAAUACACGGAUUUCCAAUUUGUAAUACACUGGUCAUCAGGUUAUAACCAGUUUAUUCCCUAAGGGUACAAUUUGACAUCAUUUCCAAAACACACAAUCGAUGAAGGUGUUGAAGCGAAUACUCUGCGGUAAAUUGAUACUAUGCCAUGGACAUUUUGGAUAUGUCUGAAAGUACUUAUUACAUUUUGCCUGGCGUAUGAUAACAUCAUGAACGCAGAUGAACAACAACCCCUGUAUAGACAGGCUUUUGAUUCAAAUAACUUUGGACAAUCUAUUCAAAACGCCGUUUCUUUUCAAAUCAUAAAUAAUAUAAAAAAAGAUCAAAUUAGAAGGAAUAUUUUGUUAGCUUCAGAUAAUGAAAUGUUUCCUUUACCAAAAGAUCGUUCCGCACAAUUCAUUAAUCAUUUACAAAAGAACAACUUACCAGUAGAGAGCAUUGAGACAAAUAAUCCGAACUUUGGUCCUGCCAUCGAGUACAUGAACCAGAGAAAUGCACCAAUGCGUGACGAAGAAGACGAAGAUGACUUGGCAACAUGGAAAGAUUUCUUUGAGAAUGCAGUAUCCUGGACGGCAUGUGAAACAUACGUUCACGGAUUAUGGUUUAUACCUUUGAUAUUGCGAGAUACGGUAUUCAGGAAUUGGGCUGUUGAACAAGGAUGUCAGGAAGCAUUUUUUAGAUUUGUAGUUCCCCCAAUAACCAGCGUGUUUGGUAUUGAUUAUACAGAAUUGAAAUUCUAGAUAAUGGAUACAAGUAUAUGAUAUAUGCCAGACAAUUGUUACAGCUGAAGCAUAUUUCAUCAGUAGAAAAUGUAUAUAUACUUGUCAAGAAAUUAAUAAAACAAUAACUGAAAGA